AUGUCGGGGCAGUCGAUCACCGACCGCAUCACGGCGGCGCAGCACAGUGUCACCGGCUCGGCCGUCGCCAAAGCCGUCUGCAAGGCGACGACCCACGAGGUGAUGGGUCCCAAGAAGAAGCACCUGGACUAUCUAAUCCAGUGCACAAAUGAAAUGAAUGUGAAUAUUCCGCAGCUGGCAGACACACUCUUUGAGAGAACUGCAAACAGUAGCUGGGUUGUAGUGUUCAAAGCUCUAAUUACAACACACCACCUCAUGAUGUAUGGAAACGAGCGCUUUAUCCAGUAUCUUGCAUCCCGAAACACUUUGUUCAAUUUAAAUAACUACCUGGACAAAAGUGCCAUGCAGGGCUAUGAUAUGUCUACCUUCAUUAGGCGAUAUAGCAGAUACUUGAAUGAAAAAGCACUUUCAUAUAGACUUGUAGCAGUUGACUUCACCAAAAUGAAAAGAGGGAUAGAUGGAGUGAUGAGAACCAUGAAUGCUGAAAAGCUUCUGAAAACCCUUCCAAUCAUACAGAACCAGCUUGAUGCACUCCUUGAUUUUGAUGCAAAUCCAAAUGAACUAACAAAUGGUGUUAUAAAUGCUGCCUUUAUGCUCCUCUUUAAAGAUUCCAUUAGACUUUUUGCAGCAUACAAUGAGGGGAUUAUUAAUCUUUUAGAAAGAUAUUUUGAUAUGAAGAAGAACCAGUGCAAAGAAGGCUUGGACAUUUACAAAAAAUUUCUAGCCAGAAUGACCAAAUUGUCAGAAUUCCUCAAAGUAGCAGAGCAAGUUGGAAUUGAUCAGGGUGACAUUCCAGAUCUUACUCAGGCACCCAGCAGCUUGCUUGAAGCACUGGAACAGCAUUUGGCUUCUGUGGAGGGAAAGAAAACAAAAGAAGUCUCCGCUGCCAGCAGAGCUAGUGCCCUAUCCAGUGCUGUUUCCACACUUGCCAAUACAGGAAUGUCAUUUAGCAGGAUGGAUGAGAAAGAAAAGCAGCAGGCAUUGGAGGAGGAACAAGCUAGACUGCAGGCACUUAAGGAGCAGCGAUUAAGAGAGAUUUCUGUAGUAUCAAAUUCUACUUCUACAUCAGCAUCCCCAAGCACCUUAUCAGGAAAAAGUGUGAAUACCACUGUAGCUGUUGACCUCUUUGCAGUACCAGCACCCACAACAAAUAGCAUGCCCAACCUUUCUAGUGAUCUUUUUGAUCUUCAGCCUGCAUUUGUUCCAACUGUGCAGAGUACUCCAGCUAUAUCAACAUCAGCAAGCAGUGCUUGGGGAGGUCCUUUCUCGUCCUCAAAUGGUUGUGUUGGUUCUCCACCUCAUCUGGACAUCUUUGACAUGAAGCCAGUUGAAGAAGCUGUAAAAUCUACCACCCCUUUCAUCAAUUCUACUUUUUCCUCCAAACAAACGGUGGAACUGUUUAGUGAUGACUUUAGUGGUCAUAAACCUACAUAUGCUUCUGUGUAUCAUCCUCUGACUGUUGAUGGUUUUCCUCUUCAUUCAGCUCCUCCAAAUACCACUUCUUCAACAAUUAAUGUGGACUUUGAUGCUGUUUUUGGAGGAAAAUCUACAGCACCAGAGUACAGGACUACAAAUGAUGAUGUAUUGCAACCGACAGUACCACCACAAAGCCAAAGAGCCACUUUAGCCAACCAGCCAAGUGGAAAAAUUUUGGCAAAUGACCUCGAUUCUUCACUUGCUAAUCUAGUGGGAAAUCUUGGCUUUGGAGGAACUCCAUCCAAAAAAUCGGAUAUGCAGUGGACACAGCCUACAGAGAAAAAACUUACUGGUGGAACAAACUGGCAAGCAAAAACAAGCACAUCGACCACAUGGAACCCUACUCCUUUACCCACUAUUCCACAUAUGAAUGGAGUACACUAUCCUGGAUAUGUACCUGCUCCAAUCACAUACCCAGUGACCACACCUCAAGUGCCUGUAUAUGGAAUGGUACCUCCUCAGAUUGGAGCUGCUCCUUUGAUGGCACCCCAGUCAAUGAUGUAUUCGCAGCCUGGUCUAAGGCCAACAAAUCCUUUUGCACCUGUUUCUGAAACUCAGAUACAGUUUAUGUAGAGCCGCCAAAGCAGCAAGAUGUGAGAACAACCAAAUACUGGUAAAAAAAAGAAAAGACUGAAUUUCAAUCUUUCCAUGAUGUAUUCCUGAACAGGGCAACUGUUUCUUCCCUGUAUAAUACAAUAUUAUUUUGAAUUGCAAUGCUUUAGAGAUUCUUGUUUAUAACAGUCACUGCAGUGUGAAGUCAUGUUUGUUCACUGAUAUUUUUUUUUAAACUGCUCAGCAGAAAACUGUAUUUUAUUGAGGUUGACUCAGAAGGUACAAGCUGGAUUAUCAUCUUCAAAGCUGAGAAGAGGGGUUACAUGGUUGCUCUACAACCUUAUUCAUCAGUGGAUUACCUUAGGAAGUUACUGAGGAUGUCGAAGCUAUUUAUUUUCUCCAUAAAUUCUGUGGCUGUUGUAACCAAGACGCAACACAAAUGAAGUUGAGCAAUAAAAUUUUUAUGUGCUCUAAUAAAUAUUCUGAUAGAGCAAUGCUUGCAUUAUCAUAAGGCCAAUAUUAUGUGAAUCAGACAGCUUUUUCCCGUUAGAAUAGCUUAUAGUAAUUUGCAAACUUUAUAAUGUGAGUUUGAAAUGCUGUGAAUCAAGAAGAUAUAUACAUACUACAUAUAUAUAGUAAAAAUAAUAAAUGGCUCCAUUGGUAUGUCAGUGUUACGUGGCUAGUUGAAAGAGCCAGGCUCUGAUACAUAUGGGCUGAAAGUCUGUGGUGGAGUAGGGGAAACGAGUGUGUUAAAGCAGCAAGUGCAGCCUCCAACAGGUGACAGUAGCUGCACUUCCAUUGAGUAUCCUCUCUGCAGAGAGCAUUUCCCAUAGCUCAAGGAAGAGUAGCUUUGGGAGCCAGUGAAUGUAGGUAUCCCCAGUAGCAGCAAACGGGAGCAAUUUGAAAGUCUUGUUGCUAACUGCAAAAGAGGCAAGAGAUCCAAUUUUUUAAAAAAAGUCUAUUAGGUCAAAAGAAGCAAACCUUGCCGUAGUCCUGACACUUGUGAACUGGCAACUAUAUUGAAAUUAUCCAGCUGUAGAGAAUAGCUUGUGCUGCUUUGCUGAAAUAAGAACCUAGUUGUAAACCAUAUAAAAGUAAUUAUUUUUAAAUAUGUAAAUAUGUGCAAACUUCUAGAUGAUCUUUUCUUUAAUGCUGCAGUAGUCUUUUUCUUCUGUAGUAGUUUCAAGGUAAAAAUGCUAUGUUAAGAAAUCUGGACUCUCUUUGAGAGGAAAAUAUUUUAAAUCAACUAAUUUAUGAAGUAUGCUAUUCACGAUGGGUCAGAUGUGUACAGACUUCUGGCACAUCUUUUGUAUUUAACAAUCUUCCUCCAAAACUGAAAUUGGCUAUGAAAAUGCCUUAUCUUGUAUUUUUCAAUGUCUGACAAAAAGUGAUAGCAUUAAAAAGAAGUAGUUCAUAAAAAGUAAAUGGAAUUAGGAGCAACCUUUCUUCCAGAAGUUUUGUGGCAGAAUACAAUGAAAAGCUCUCCUGUAAAUUGACUUCUACUAAUGAUUAAUAUUAAAGCUGGGUUUUCAAAGAAUUAAUAGUUUUCUAUUGUUAUGGUAAACAGACCACCAGAGUAGCAUGUUUUUUAUCUUUUGGGGAGUCUAUAAUUGCAGGAAUGUCUCUGACUCUCACUAUAAAUGCAAAUAGGCCUGAGAAUCUUGUCAAACUGUGCUGUAGAGAACUUCUAAAACACAGCACUUUCCUCAUAGUGGGAACAAGCCUUCUCAUUUUCUAAACGCUUAAUUCCGUCCAAAGAGUGCAAAAGUAGUAUUUCUUAACCCUGUGGGAAUAUUUUUGCCAAGUGAAUCAACUCAAAAGAAACAAAAUAAACCACCCCCCAGCCCUUGGAGUCUGUAACCACUAACUUCCUGGGAAAUGUAACCUUGCAGAAAUUUAAAACUGAGUUUCACAAUGUGUACUGAUUUUAAAAGAAUUUGGACUGGUAUAUAGCAUUUUAAUGUUCAAGUUUGAAUUACAAAGGGCUUCCAGCUUUAAUCCACCUUUAUUGGGUUGAACAGUUGUACAAUUUUAAGCCAAUGAGUUCUUCAGUGCCUAUAGUUACCCUCCACGUGACGAGGGAAUAGAUGCCAUUUAGAAUGGGUCAUGGUGUUGAGGGGACUUCUUUUAAGAAAUAGUGAAUUCCAUUGAUUUAUUCAGCAUUGAGAAGUCUUGAGUUCAAAUUAGACCAGUACGUGUAAUAAAUGUCUGGGCAUUAAUGACGGAGCUGAGAGCACCACAAGCAGGCAGUUUCUAGCACUGUAAGCUGUGAGGUCUUUCUCUCAUACUGAGUUGUAUAAGUAAUAAUCCGUUAUUUUAAUAAAAUAUGCAAAUAAAUGCCUGCCAAACAGUAUAUAUUUGUUAUAACUCUGUUGCAGAGCAUUCUGAAUAUCUGGAGUGUACUUCGCUCAGAAAUGGAUUUAGUACUAGGUAUAGUUUGCACUACUUCUUAUUUGCUCUGUUUUUUUAAUGGUUCUUUGGUAUGCUUUCUUGUAGCAAAGCUGUCUGAUACCAAUUUAUGUAGUAUUAAAAAAAGGAGAAACAGCCACAAAGUACAUCCUAAAAACUUUAUAAGCUACUUUCUUUUUAGUCUCAUUCAGAAUG